AUGUAAAAUCUAUAAAUUCUAAUCUAUGAUCGAAAUGAGCAAUUCUUUACCACUUAUGAUUAAAAAACAACUCCUAUUAGAUUGGCGUAAUUAAUCCAAGAUGCACAUUAUUAUGAGUAGACUUACUUUUCAAAUUCUUUAGAAAUUUUAAUCUGAGUGAAAUAUUUUAUUUCAAGAUCAAAGAUACAGAAUAUCACUUUGACAACAGGAAUACUCCAAUAUAAAAAUAUUUAAGCUAACUAAAUAAGUCAACUUUAAUCUUUUAUAGGGGUUUAAGUGGUCAAAAGUUAUGUAAAUAAUCUAAAUAACUAAUAGUGGAAUCAAGCCGAGCAAUCGAAAUUUCUAAAUUAUAGAAUGAUAUUAGCAGUAACAAAUAAUAAGCAGAGAUUAUAAAUAUUAAGGAGUUCUCUAAUAAUUUGAAUCCUAAAUAGUCUAAUUAAUCACCCUAAAAAUAAACUCAAAACCAGGAUUCAAAGAAAAUUCACAUAGUAGAAAUGCCAUCCAAUUCUAUGAUGAAAAAUGACUAAAAAAAUUAAAAUUAAGAAGUUUAUUCAUAAUCCUUUACAGCUUAUGGUCAAACAUAAUAAUUCAAUAACAUUAACUAAAAAAUUAAUUAGAAAUCACCUUAUUUUUCUGAUUCUUCUAUUCAAUUUUAAGGAGCAGGUAAAUCAGAGAUAAUGAAUUUAGAUCCACUAGCUAAAAUUUACUGUAAACAACAAAUAGAUAUAUUAUCAUAAUAACACUAAUAAAAGAAUCCUCAGAAAACAAACCAAUAAUAAAAUUAAUAUGAAAAAAAACUAAAUUUAAUUAAGAAAGAUAAAUAUUUAAUUAAGGUUGAUGCUAAUCAAGCAUAAUUUGAAGAUAUUUGCAAAUUUCUAAAAAAUAAAAAUAUCAAUUUUUAAGUUCAAAAAAAUUGA